ACUUAAUAUUAUGUGUGUCAGAUUUUUCUAUCACGGAAGAUCUAGUCACUCUGACUAUGAACUUUAACAUAUUAUUGACUGACUAGCUGUAAUGGCGAAUCUCUCUCCGGGAAUUAUCUGAAUCAAAGAUCCUGACAGGAUUCAAAGUGGCGAUGGUUAAGUGCUAUGGACCUGUCACAGAUUAUUUGACAUUGUAUUAUGCAGUCAUGGAAAUACAUCAAAGACUUUAACAUGAUUCAAAUAUAGACGUUUAGUGUUAAGGGUAAACAAUGUAAGACAUACACAAUAUUAAAGAAAAUAUAAUGGUUAUUUUUUCUUAAUACGAGCUCACUUAAUAUUAUAUUUAUGUGUAAGUAACCAUUCAACAAAUAAAAAACAAGUCCUUUACAGUUACAGUCCACUUGCAAAAACUCAUGUUAACCAUUUUUAAUGUAUUAUAAAGUAACAUAAAUCACUUUCAAAAAUACGAAAUGCAGACAUCGGUUUGAUUGUUGUACCAGAUCAUUUUCUCUUUUAGUUUUGUUUUAAUUGUGUUAAAUACAAAGUGACUUACGAUUCUUACUGAACAGAGGUAGACUUAACAGCUGAUUAAUUAAUAAAUAUCGGCUGAUGCAUCGUUUAAAGGAUAUACCUGAUAACCUUACAAGUAAUCUUUUUGAGAAGAACUGGGGCGUGCCCUGUUUAAAGAUCGAAAACUGGGGAUUUAUUACACUAGAUUACCUUGUUUGAAUUUCGGGUAUAAACUUUAUUCUUUUUAACCCGUCAAAUCAUUUUAUGAAGAUAAACGUGUGUUUAUCAAUCUGUCGCGUUAAUGUAUACACAUAUUCCGGUGUUUAAAUAAAUGCUUGCGUUCACUAGAGUAAUAGUGUACAUUUGAAUUGAGUAACAAUAAUAUUAAUACGUAAUAAAAUCAUUCGAAAAAAAUGUGGAUGAUAUCAUGUUUAAGAUGCAUCUUGCUGAUAUAUGGAAUUAGUGUUCUCGACAAUGUGAGCGGGAAAUCUUGGACGAAAACUUUCUUUUUAAAGACCAUUGAACAUGCGAAUUCAACUGAUAAUGAUAAUAGUUUGAGAAAUGGAAAUGACAAGCGGGAUAACACAUUAAAUCCGGUUUUACAAAACUUUACGUCACUUUUUGAAUAUUUGAAUGCCGCGCGUCGUAAUUCUCACAAGGUAAAGAGCUAUCGGAAGAAGCGGCAGUCACGGCAAAGGAAUUGCGCAGGUCAGUGUGAAGAUUCUCUGUGUUCUUGGCACGAGGAAUAUGAUGAAGAAAGCACGAGAAUACCGCGAUUUAUCAAGUAUGCAGUAUGUGACAGUGCAACAUGUAACUUUGGUUUUGGUGGCUUAGAUUUCCGCACGACGUAUUCUCUUCAAGUUCGUACACAGUGUGAUCUUGUUAAAACGGAUAUCCUUGUUACAAACAUUGGGGAUGGCGAACAGAGAUGGCUUACUAAUUGGCCAAUAGCUUGCGUAUGCGCGGAGAGGUUUGCAGUUUCUUCAGAAGUGUACGGUCAUGACAGCGGACUUUCUCAGCACGAAGCAGUUGACGUUGACAUUAGCCACAAUGAGCCAAUUGCGCCAGUAUCACGUCAACAAAUUAUUCUGAAUGACGUCAGACGCAGACCUUUAACUCAUUCACAAAGACGAAGAUUACAUAAUCAACAACGUCACACGCAACACGUUGAAACGUGGGAACACAUGAUGCUGAGGAAGUACAACAGAAUAUUUAAGUGAAAUAACUCUGUACAAUUAUUUUAUACAAAAGGGAAAUAACAAACACCUUGCCCCUUUUAUGCUGUAAUAUAGGACUCCAGAAAGCUACAUGGAUCUUUAAAUGUACUCCCUUUCUAUUACUCAUACAAUAAAUCAUACAUUACAUACUUACGUUUUUUUUUUGUCCCUUAAUUUG